CAGGAUCCUUCAAACCAAAAAUGUGGUGGAAGAAAGAAAACCGUGUCUUUCAGCAGCAUGCCAUCGGAAAAGAAAAUUAGCAGUGCAAAUGACUGCAUCAGCUUCAUGCAAGCUGGCUGUGAGCUGAAGAAAGUCCGGCCAAAUUCUCGCAUUUACAACCGUUUUUUCACUUUGGACACAGACCUCCAAGCUCUUCGCUGGGAACCUUCAAAGAAAGACCUCGAGAAAGCCAAACUUGAUAUUUCUGCCAUAAAAGAGAUCAGACUGGGGAAAAACACGGAAACAUUUAGAAACAAUGGCCUUGCUGACCAGAUCUGUGAGGACUGUGCCUUUUCCAUACUCCAUGGGGAAAACUAUGAGUCUCUGGACCUAGUUGCUAACUCAGCAGAUGUGGCAAACAUCUGGGUGUCUGGGUUACGGUACCUGGUUUCUCGAAGUAAGCAGCCUCUUGAUUUUAUGGAGGGCAACCAGAACACACCACGGUUCAUGUGGUUGAAAACAGUGUUUGAAGCAGCAGAUGUUGAUGGGAAUGGGAUUAUGUUGGAAGACACCUCUGUAGAGUUAAUAAAACAACUCAACCCUACUCUGAAGGAAGCCAAGAUCAGGUUAAAGUUUAAAGAAAUCCAGAAGAGCAAGGAAAAACUAACCACUCGCGUGACCGAAGAGGAAUUUUGUGAAGCUUUUUGUGAACUUUGCACCAGGCCGGAAGUGUAUUUCUUACUUGUACAGAUAUCUAAAAACAAAGAAUAUUUGGAUGCCAAUGAUCUCAUGCUCUUUUUAGAAGCUGAGCAAGGAGUCACCCAUAUCACCGAGGAUAUGUGCUUAGACAUCAUAAGGAGAUACGAACUUUCUGAAGAGGGACGUCAAAAAGGGUUUCUUGCAAUUGAUGGCUUUACCCAGUAUUUAUUGUCAUCAGAAUGUGACAUUUUUGAUCCUGAGCAAAAGAAGGUUGCCCAAGAUAUGACCCAGCCAUUAUCUCACUACUAUAUCAAUGCCUCUCAUAACACCUAUCUAAUAGAAGACCAGUUCAGGGGGCCAGCUGACAUCAAUGGGUAUGUUAGAGCUUUGAAAAUGGGCUGUCGAAGCAUUGAACUUGAUGUAAGUGAUGGUUCCGAUAAUGAACCAAUCCUUUGUAAUCGAAAUAACAUGACAACACAUGUUUCCUUUCGAAGUGUCAUAGAGGUAAUAAAUAAAUUUGCCUUUGUUGCUUCUGAAUACCCACUCAUUCUUUGCUUGGGAAAUCAUUGCUCCUUGCUACAGCAGAAGGUAAUGGUUCAACAGAUGAAAAAGGUCUUUGGCAAUAAACUCUAUACCGAAGCACCUUUGCCCUCAGAGUCCUACCUCCCAUCACCAGAGAAAUUAAAAAGAAUGAUCAUUGUGAAAGGAAAGAAGUUGCCUUCUGAUCCAGAUGUGUUAGAAGGAGAAGUAACAGAUGAAGAUGAAGAAGCCGAAAUGUCUCGAAGGAUGUCGGUAGAUUACAAUGGUGAGCAGAAACAAAUCCGACUCUGUAGGGAGCUCUCUGAUUUGGUAUCUAUUUGUAAAUCUGUUCAGUACAGGGAUUUUGAACUAUCUAUGAAAAGCCAAAACUAUUGGGAAAUUUGUUCAUUUAGUGAAACAGAGGCCAGCCGCAUUGCAAAUGAGUACCCAGAGGAUUUUGUUAAUUAUAAUAAGAAGUUCUUAUCAAGAAUCUAUCCCAGUGCCAUGAGGAUCGAUUCCAGUAACUUGAAUCCACAGGACUUUUGGAAUUGUGGCUGUCAGAUUGUAGCAAUGAAUUUUCAGACUCCAGGUCCAAUGAUGGACCUUCACACGGGUUGGUUUCUUCAAAAUGGGGGAUGUGGUUAUGUUCUAAGGCCAUCUAUCAUGCGAGAUGAAGUUUCUUACUUCAGCGCAAAUACAAAGGGCAUUGUACCUGGGGUGUCUCCUCUAGCUCUUCAUAUCAAGAUCAUCAGUGGUCAGAAUUUCCCAAAGCCCAAGGGAGCUUGUGCCAAAGGGGAUGUCAUAGAUCCCUAUGUGUGUAUAGAGAUACACGGAAUUCCAGCGGAUUGUUCAGAACAAAGAACUAAAACUGUACAACAAAACAGUGAUAAUCCUAUUUUUGAUGAAACUUUUGAGUUCCAAGUAAACCUACCUGAGUUGGCCAUGAUCCGUUUUGUUGCUCUGGAUGAUGACUACAUUGGGGAUGAGUUUAUAGGGCAAUAUACGAUACCAUUUGAAUGUUUGCAGCCUGGAUAUCGGCAUGUUCCCCUGCGCUCUUUUGUGGGUGACAUCAUGGAGCACGUAACCCUUUUUGUCCACAUAGCAAUAACUAAUCGAAGUGGAGGAGGAAAGGCACAGAAGCGCAGUCUUUCAGUGAGAAUGGGGAAGAAAGUUCGGGAGUAUACCAUGCUCAGGAAUAUCGGUCUUAAAACCAUUGAUGACAUCUUUAAAAUAGCAGUUCAUCCAUUACGAGAAGCCAUAGAUAUGAGAGAAAACAUGCAGAACGCAAUCGUGUCUAUUAAGGAACUAUGUGGACUCCCUCCAAUUGCCAGUCUGAAGCAGUGCCUGUUAACUCUGUCAUCUCGGCUCAUCACCAGUGACAAUACUCCUUCAGUCUCACUUGUGAUGAAAGACAACUUUCCUUACCUGGAGCCUCUGAGUGCAAUUCCAGAUGUGCAGAAAAAGAUGCUGGCUGCUUAUGAUCUGGCAGAGUAUGGUUUUCCAAAGAUUAAUAUAAAAGGCUAUGGUGGAAGCAGAAAUACUUAUAAUGAAGUCUUUCAUGUACAGUUCUCUAUGGAAAACCAUUUUGGGAGGGAAUUAAGUGUAAAUAUCCCGACACCACAUGGUAAACUUGGUAGAAUUCAGAAGUGA